UAAUUGUUGAGUUUUGGGUAGGGGUCGGGCGCUGUAUUUGCGGUCCAUUUUUAUCAUUUUAAUGUUUCUACGCUUGUCUCGGUUGACAGAGGCAAAUAACUUGCCGUUGUGCCAAACCAUCGCAGUCAAUCCAUUUAAGGCACUGUGAAAUAAAACAUGGGGUCUUUGGAGAGGGUUCAGUACAAGUUUGCCUCCAUCAUAGGAGAGCUCUGCAGUGAACCAAUAGUGCUGUCUCAGUUUGCCGUGUGGCUGGACCUUAAAUUGGCAGAGUACAAGGCCAAAGGCUCAAUUUCUUUAGACUGCUCGGGAGAGAAACCUGAACCUCCAUGGAUGAAAGGCGUGCUACCGUCUUCACCACCUUCUUCAUUGUUUGAACAUAAGAAUGCAGACGAGGAGCUGCAAACAGCCCGAAACCCAUUUUCAAAAUCACCUCAUUCAUCUUCCCUGACAUACUCAUCGUCAAGUAGAAUUGACCACUCAUCAGUUACCUCCCCUUCACAAACAUUCGGUUCAGAGGAACUUAGUCGAAGGCUGUCUGGCGACGAUAUAAUUUUAAUAAAAGAUGAGCCUUUAGAAAAAUCAGACGCUUACCCGACAAAUGUGUUUCCCAAUGAGAGUGGUUCCCUCGCCUCGGACAAUUCUAGUGACUCCAGAAAAAGACCUUCAGUCGGCAGUGCCUCUAACUACAGCCCGCACCAUCAACAAUUUUCCCCAAAAGUGCGGCGCUUGGCAAACACGUCAGUGAGUGGUAGCCCAUCAUCAGCGUCAAACCAGAGUAGUAUAGGUGGCAUUCAGCAGUCACCUGUGCACGAUCCCGUCCCCUCCACGUCCUCGGAUGACCCCUUGAUACUGCCCAGCCCACAACCAGACCCUGCCUCACAGAACAGCUGGCUAGGGCAGGUCACUGCAGAAAGAGAUACCCAGUCCUCAGGUCUCGUAGGUGGAAUCGAAUGCGUCAGACUGCAGCAUUCCACUUCGGAGGACAUACACCGUGGUCCAAGAAGAAGAAGCUCCAUUCAUGGAACGGAGACUUAUAGCCGGAGAUUUGACGUUUGUGGAAGACCCGAUUCCACGAACAGACACGUCAGAUUAGCCGUUGUGCAGUUCGAACACUGGCUUAAGGAAGGGAAGCACGGGGAUCGUAGGCACAUAGAGGAUAUUUCCCCGGAAACGCUUGACGGGUACCUUGCUGAGUACUUCAGCAUUGUACGCAAACAGUCCGGAGAAGAUUAUUCCGUCGCUUCUUUCAGCAGUCUUAGGUCUUGUAUAGAGAUUUACCUGAAGCAAGUGAAUUACCCGUGUUCAAUCACAGGAUCGAUUGAGUUUACCAAAAGCCAAAUGGCUUUUAAAAGUAGAAAAAUGUUGACUAUGCAAUAUACGACGAAUUCCGGGUCUUCCACUACUGGGUGAAGAAGGCAGGAUGAUAAGGGCCUUUCAGUGUUCACCUGAUAUGUAAAGUUACCUGUUGGUAGUAGGGUCUGGAGCUUUACAUCGGCCACCAAGUUUUUUUAAGAUGAUGUCGCCAUAGAGCUUAGCUGACAUAUUGGCUUGUGGUGUGUCAUAUAUUAAUGGAAAAUUACAGUACAUCACGGGAUUUUAAAAAUGAGUGGUUGAGGAUCGUUUUUGUAAGGCACAUUAAUAGGUUUUGACUGUGUUAAACACGACCGGUAACACCGUAGGGUCAGUUUUAGAACACCUCUUUGUAUUUUACUUAUUGCGUUGUUUGCAUUCUUUUGUUCACAUUUGAUUUUCUGGUAAACAAAGACACUAGAAGUUGUUUUAAGUUUCUUUCAUGUGUCUAUCGACUUUGCUGUCAUGCAUACAUUGCUUUAACAUAAGGACACAUUUGUACUUAAACUUCACAUAGUUUUACCUGUUUCGUGCGUAGUACAACUACCAAUAUUGUAUCACACACUGCGUUGAUGUCUUUGUGUUUAAGUUAUUCAUAACCAACCUACACUUAGAGUUUGUUGUAAAAUAUUUCAUCAAGGAAUUUCGUUAGUAUGCCAAAUAGAAUAGGUGAAUUAGAAAGUUGAAGAUGAAGUUAUGCGAUCUGGGAAGCCCUAUGUGAAGCAAAGCAACUAUUGCCGUGCAUCGAGGGACAGAGUUUAGUGAAGAACGCUGUUCGCCAAAAAUACUGAGAUGCUGAAGUUUCGAAAGUUUUGGUCAUUCCUAGAUGUAUGAUUGUUCUAACGUACGACGUCAUACUGUUUUGCAUUCCAAUCGAUUAUUCAAGUCCAUUAUACCUACAAGGCCAUUCUGAUAAUUUCAAAAAAAUCCCUUUCUGGUACUCUUCCACGUUUUUCAUGGUAUGUGACGCUGUCAGUGCUGGGCUUUCAUUUCGCUCCUGUUGGAAAUAGUUCCAUUAGCUUUCUUCACUUUCUGCAGAAAUAAUCACACCUGUUAUAUACCUGCAUACAUCAUGUGUGUACAGUUUACCCGCGUCUUUUUUCAUUAAUAAUGCAGUCAGACCUUAAAACAAUUUAGCUUGGCCGUAAGUCCCUUAUAGCUGUCCCAGCGUUUGUCAGUACCACAACAUUCAUAUGUUUCCAUUGUUUGUUCCGCAUGAUUGGGCUUCUCGUUGGAUUAAAGCAAGUUUUUCCUUAAGAAUACUUUCGUUAAACUCUAUUGUUGGGGCUGGGGAACUUCGAUAUACAUACGUGGUUUUAUAAAAUAAAAAGCAGUGAAGUUUCAGUACCUUAAGACAGAAUUUGUACCAUUCAUCGACUAUGGCACUGUCAUCGUUACUCUGUUUUUACCCUUAUUUGUAUUGGUAAUAAUGAAUGCACAAGUGCUCAGAUAAAUACAAGAGG